GGUGAUGUUGGACUCAGUGACACACAGCACUUUCCUGCCCAACACGUCCUUCUGCGACCCUCUGAUGUCGUGGACUGACCUGUUCAGCAAUGAAGAGUAUUAUCCUGCCUUCGAACAUCAGACAGCCUGCGACUCCUACUGGUCAUCCGUGCACCCCGAGUACUGGACUAAGCGCCACGUCUGGGAGUGGCUCCAGUUCUGCUGCGACCAGUACAAGCUGGACACCAGCUGCAUCUCGUUCUGCCACUUCAACGUCAGCGGCCUGCAGCUGUGCAGCAUGACCCAGGAGGAGUUCGUGGAGGCGGCCGGCCUGUGCGGCGAGUACCUGUACUUCAUCCUCCAGAACAUCCGCUCGCAAGGUUACUCCUUCUUUAGUGAUGCUGAAGAGACCAAGGCCGCCAUCAAAGACUAUGCUGACUCCAGUUGCUUGAAAACAAGUGGCAUCAAAAGUCAAGACUGUCACAGUCAUAGUCGAACGAGUCUCCAAAGUUCUCACCUAUGGGAAUUUGUGCGUGACCUGCUUCUGUCCCCUGAAGAAAACUGUGGUAUUCUGGAGUGGGAAGAUAGGGAACAAGGUAUUUUUCGGGUGGUUAAAUCAGAAGCCCUGGCAAAGAUGUGGGGACAAAGGAAGAAAAAUGACAGAAUGACGUAUGAAAAGUUGAGCAGAGCUCUGAGGUACUACUAUAAAACAGGAAUUCUGGAACGGGUCGACCGGAGGCUAGUGUACAAGUUUGGGAAAAACGCACACGGGUGGCAGGAAGACAAGCUAUGAUCUGCUCCGGCAUCUGGCUCCUAUUAUGGAUUUCUGUCUUCUAACACGAUCCGAUUGCCACAGACAUUUGAAAGUCUUGGUUUUUGGGUUUGUUUGUUUGUUUUCGAACCUGCAAAUGUGCUGAUAAAAUUUCUCCACAUCUCAGCUUACAUUUGGAUUCAGAGUUGUUGUU